UAAAAUAUGGAAGACUCUAAAGAAGAAAUCCAAAGGUUCCAAUUUAGUACCGAUAACAAGUUUAUUUUGGUGAGUAAUGACCAAGGGUUUGGGAUCAUCAACUCAGACCCGAAAUAUGCCCUCCCAGACAUGAAGAUUAGAGAGGUCGGAAAUAUUCAGCAGUGACAGAAUAUCAAUAAUAUUAUUGCCUACGUGAGAGGAGGAGACGCUUGCCCAGGUAGAGAACUCUAUAUCUACGAUGACUAUCAUAACCGGGAUGCUUCCAAGAUUCUUUUCAAAUCACAGAUCAAGUCCUUAAAAAUCUCAAUCAACUGUCUGCUAGUAAUCUUUGAAGAGAAAGCGUACUUAUUCAGCUUCAAAACUGAGGAUAAUAGCAAGUGGAAAGAGCCCAAACUCGUCAAGAAAUUCAUCACCUGAAAGAACGAGAAAGGGAUCGGCUGCCUGCAUAGCUUCAGAAGAAGAAAUCUGGUCAUCCUUCCAGGGAAAACUGAGAAUUCCAUUCAGAUUUAUGAUUGAAAGGAAGGAGAAGAAAUCAAAGAAUACGACCUUGGAGAAAAGCCUGACAUACUUUCUGGAAAUAUACAUGGAGAAGUCUUCGCUUACGCCAAUGAGACAGGAAUGGAAAUCAAUGUUCAUAAAAUCUCUGAUGGAACCCUCUAUAAUAAAUAUUACAGAGGAAAGAAGACUAGCCAAAUUACAUCCAUAGAAUUUGACAGAGGUUGCAAUAGACUUGCAUGUUGCUCUCAAAGUGAUACAGUCCACGUAUACUCUCUAGGAACUGAACUUGCUAUGAACGGAAGAGAUUCUGAAGAAGCUAAAGACUCUCUUUUGAUGUCAGAAUCUGCCAUUGAUGGCUCGACAGUUUCCACUGUUCUUGAAGCAAGAGAAAACCCAAAGAGUAGUAUAUUGGGAUUCUUUUCAACUCAGUCUGAACAAAGUUACUUAAAAGUAUACAUUAAAUCACCUGAGAAAAGUAUUGCUAUCAUUGAUAACCAAUUACACAUCCUUACACAGGAUGGAAAGAUGCAUUACAUAGACAUCCAGCUGGAAGGAUCAUACUGGGAAGACUAUCCCCAAGUUCAAAAGAUAGACCUUAUGAAGAAGAAUGAGUAAGAGUUCCCCGUAUCUUUCACUUGUAAUCUCACUCAAUAAUUUCUGUAUUUAUUUCCGGCAUAUUGCUCAAUCUUUCUU